CCACCCGCGAAGUUACAGUCCUGUCUUUUGAACUCAAAAAGAUACUGGAAACGGUGAUUGGCUGCGGCGCGCGCAGUGAGCCCGACCCUCCCGCGCGGUCCCGCCCCCCGCCGCCAUUACGGAGCCGCCUACGGUGGGGGCAAGGCCGAGACCAAGGCCCGGGGGCUCGCUUGGCUCGGUUGACUCCUCACUGCACUGUGAAACCAUUAGGAAAAAUCCUUGUGGUUAAAAGCUGAGGCUUCAGAGUGUAACCUGCACUUGGGCCUAGAAAUUAAUUUAAAUGGCGACUGAUACGUCUGAAGCUGAACUCGUCCAUCCUAAGGCACUCCCACUCAGAGUAGGAGCUCAGCUGAUCCACGCGGACAAGUUAGGUGAGGUUGAAGAUAACACCAUGCCAAUUCGUCGAGCUGUGAAUUCUACCCGGGAAACUCCUCCCAAAAGCAAACGAGCUGAAGGUGAGGAGGAGAAACCAGAACCAGAUGUAAGUUCGGAGGAGUCUGCUUCUACUGGAGAAGAGCAAGAAAAUGAAACUCCACCUGCUACAUCAAGUGAAACAGAACAGCCAAAGGAACCAGAGAAAGAGGAGAAGGGAGAAAAUAAGCCUUCUGAAGAAACCAAAAAGGAGAAAGAUGAAAAGGACCAGACUAAAGAAAAGGAGAAGAAAGUGAAAAAAACAAUCCCUUCCUGGGCUACUCUUUCUGCCAGCCAACUUGCUAGGGCACAGAAACAAACUCAUAUGGCUGCUUCCUCACGCCCCAAAAUGGAUGCAAUCCUAACAGAGGCCAUUAAGGCAUGCUUUCAGAAGACUGGAGCAUCAGUUGUUGCCAUUCGAAAAUAUAUCAUUCACAAAUAUCCUUCACUGGAACUAGAGAGAAGAGGCUAUCUCCUUAAGCAAGCACUGAAGAGAGAAUUACAGAGAGGCGUCAUCAGACAAGUAAAAGGAAAAGGAGCUUCUGGGAGUUUUGUGGUGGUCCCAAAUGCAGGGAAAACUGUUCAAAAAUCUAAAGACAAAAAGAAGAGUAGUUCUACAUUAGCUCCAGAACAGCAGGUGAAAUUAGAAGAUGUUCUCCCACUGGCCUUCACUCGACUUUGUGAACCAAAAGAAGCUUCCUACAGCCUGAUCAGGAAAUACGUGUCUCAGUAUUAUCCAAAACUUAAGGUGGAUAUCAGACCUCAACUGUUAAAGAAUGCACUGCAGAGAGCUGUAGAGAAAGGCCAGUUAGAGCAGAUCACAGGCAAAGGAGCUUCUGGAACAUUCCAGCUGAAGAGAUCAGGGGAGAAACCCCUGCUUGGUGGAAGUCUGAUGGAAGAUGCUAUCCUGUCCGCUAUUGCUGCCAUGAACGAGCCGAAGACCUGUUCAACAACCGCUCUGAAGAAAUAUGUCUUGGAGAACCACCCAGGGACCAAUUCUAAUUUCCAAGUGCAUCUACUGAAAAGAACCCUACAAAAAUGCGAAAAGAAUGGAUGGAUGGAACAAAUCUCUGGGAAAGGGUUCAGUGGCACCUUCCAGCUUUGUUUUCCAUAUUACCCCAGCCCAGGAGUGCUCUUUCCAGAGAAACAGCAAGGCGAAGAGUCUGAGGAUUCUGAGGAUGAUGAUUCAGAAGAGGAAGAUGAGGAAGAUUCAUCUGAGGAAGAAGAAUCUGAAGAAGAUGAACCACCACCUAAGAAAAGAUUGCAGAAGAAAGCCCCAGCUAAAUCUCGAGGAAAGGCCACCUCAGCAAAACAAAGAGAGUCCAAACCGAAGCCCAAAACCCCCACUGCCCAGCGGGGAAAAGCAAGACCCCCACCCAAGAAAGCCCCACCCAAGGCCAAAACCCCUGCCAAGAAAACCAAACCAGCUCCACCAGCCAUCAAGAAGCCUGGUAGCAUCUCUUCCAAGAAGCCAGCAGCAAGUGGAAGGAAGGAUGGGAAAUCUUCCACCAAGGGAAAAUCCAGGAAAUCUCUCAGAGCAAAGAAGUGAAAUUUGACAGGCAAAUCGGUACCACAAUGAAAUUUCAAACCUUAUUUCUUUUUCUUAAGGUCAUUGUGCAUUUGUUUUAGUUUUGAUGCUUUUAAAAUUACAUUUUUUUUUCUUUAAAGAGCAUGGGGAGGGAAGUUAAAAUAAACCAAUUUAGUAAUUUGUUAGCUUUAGGUACUAUUCUCAGUACCUGACCCUCCACUCAAGUCAUUUUAGUUUCUGCAACAAUUCAGAACUUUUCUACACCAUGUAAUCUAGGCUUGUUCUUUUAUUCGUUUCCUGCUCCUACCCCCUUUUUUUUCCUCUUUUAAGUGCUCUGCUUAGACUUUAUUGUUUGGUUUUCUUUUAAACAAUUGCAAAGAAGAUUUUUAUAUUUCUAGAAAGCCUCAGGAACAGAACAGUGUGACAUCAGGUACUUGAAGUAAAGGGGAAAGCAGUAUGAGACUUCUACCUUCAGGGUCUUCUGUGUUAUAACUGUAGAGCUUUCUU